AUGAUUGAUUUGCGAAAAGUUCUUUUAAAAAAAACAUUUAAAUUUUAUAGAAAUAUUAAUAGAAAUAUAGCUGUUUUUUAUAUGAAUUUAAUGUUUCACAACUUUGAUGAUGAUUUAAUAUUAGUAUUAAUUAAAACUUACAAUAACAUAUUAAAAAAAUAUGAAAAAAAAAAACUUAAUUUUUGCGAUGAAUAUUUUAUAAUUUUUAAUUAUAUAAUUUUUUCCUAUUUUAACUUUUUUUUUUCUGAAUUAGAUUUACAUAAUUCUAUUCUCUUCGAUAUUUUUUAUGACUUUAAUAUAAAAUGCUUAAAAAAUGUCAAAAUAAAGAGAAAAAAAAAGUUUUCAGUAAGUUUGUAUUAUAAUGACAAAUUGGGACUUGAAAAUGAAAAUCACAUUAAGUAUGAUAGGAACUCAUUUAAAAAAAAUACAAAUAAUUUAAGAGAAAAACAACAGUAUCUAAGGUUUACAAAUGAAGACAAACAUAUUAAUAGCAUUUUAAAAAAAAAUAGCUAUUAUGAAAAUUAUCCUUUUCACAAUAAUACAUACCUUAAAUAUAAUAAUCACUAUGAAAGUAACAUUUAUAAUGAUAGAAAUAAUUCCCAAUAUAGAGAAUAUAAAGAUUUUAAUAAAAAUUUAAUUGAUCAUAUUGAACCCAUUAAUUAUAUAAAUAGAGAAAGGGAGUUAUUUUUUCUAGAAGAGAAAUUAUUAGAAAGAAAUGAUAUGUUCUGUAUACAAGAAGAUAUUAAUAUAAAAAAAAAAAAUUUAAUUAAAGAAUUGAAAAAUUUAUAUGCUCAUGUAUAUUAUUGGAAAUACUUAACUGAAUUACAUAUAAAAUGUAAUAGAAGGAUUGGUACAGAUGAAAAAAAUAUUUACAUAGAUAUUUAUAAAAAUAUUUAUAAUUUAUUUAAACGUAUGAAUGAAAAGCAUUAUGAAAAUUUAAAAAUGCUUAAUAAAAAAAGAGAAGAAUUAUCAAUUACUCAUAAUAAUGAAAUGGAAAAUAUUAUAAAUGAAAAUAAAAUAAAUAAAAAAAAUAAAGACUAUCAACAAAAAAUUAACAAUAUGGUAUAUAAGCAUAUAGCUGAAAAAAAAGCUUUAAAUAGACAUAUUGAACAUGAAUUGAACAUAAUGCAACAAGUAAAUCUACAAGAAUAUAAACAAAACAUAUUUUAUAUUUUUAAUAUUAUUGAUAAUAAUGAAAAUAUUUUGUCAUUACCCCCUUUACCUAUAGAAGAAAAGGAAAAAGAAAAGAAACUUAACAAAAAUUUUCCUAAUGAAGUAGGAAAUACAAAAAACAUCCUAGAUGAAAAAAAUUAUAAAUAUAUAAUGAAUUCCUUCAAUUUUUUUUAUUUAUAUAAAUUAAUUAAAAGCAGAAUGAAUCUUUACAGUUAUUUAUAUUUCCAUAUUAAAAAUUCUCUAUAUGAUGUAUUGAACAUUUCUGUAAUAUUUAGUUUAGGUGAAAUUUUUAACAUAUUUGAACGAGGUGAUAAAAACAACAUUGAAUUUAAAAAAAAAUUUUUAAAUACAUUAAACAGUACUUAUAACAUUCAUUAUGUUUAUAAUUAUAAAAAUAAAAUUUGCGAAAAAGAGAUUUCUUCCGUUAACAUGAAAGACAACAAGAAAAACUUAAAUGAAAGAAAUUAUUCUAAAGGGAAAUUAAAUAUUUUAAAUGAUGAUAAAAAAAAAAAUUGGAAUUUAAAAAAAAAGGAUACACAAGUUAUAACAAGUCAGGAAGAAAAAAAUGAUGAUACUUAUUCAAAAUACCAAGAUUCAAAAUAUUUUGAUGAAAAAGGAAACUUUAAAUAUAGAAAUUUAAAAGAAGAAAAAAACUUUUUUAACAUAAGCUAUUGUAGUACUUAUAAAUUUUUAAAGGAAAAUUCUAUUCGAUUUUUAAAAAAUAAAACUUCAAAUAGAGAACAUACCAAUAUAAAUACAAACAAACUAUGUAUAAAAGACAAAAAAUUAAAUGCUCUUAUCCUAUAUAUUAAUGAAGAUUUUAAUUUUCAUAAUGAAAAUGUUUACAAAAAUCUUUUUAAUAUUAGUAUAACAAAAACAGAUUUUAUUUUUCCUAAUUUAAAAGAACAAUUAAAUAUUUUUAAUGAUUUUAAAAUCAAUAAUUCAUAUAAUUAUUCAUCUAAUAUGAAAAGUAAAAAUGUAAUAGAAAAUUCUGAUGAAAAAAAUAUUUCUAGUGUUAAUAAAAAAGGUUCUUAUUUUAGCUUUGGGAAUAUCAUUAUAACAAGGCAUACGAAUCUAAAAAUAGCAAUGAAUGAAAUAUCAAACAAAGAAAAAAAUGAAAUGAAUAUGAAUAAAAAAAAGGAAAAACAAAAUAACAUAAAUAAUGCUGAAUUUAAUAGCAAAAAUGAAAAUAAUGUUAAUUUAAGUGAAAAUAAUAAUAUAUCUCAAAUUUCUAUCUCUCAAAUGCUUAGAAAAAAUAGUGAUAUUAUUACUGAAAAGAAUGUAUUUAAUUCAAAUACAAAUUACAAAAACAAAUGCACAUUUUAUAAAAAAUUUUUAAAAAACAACAAAAAAAAAAAUAUACAUAUAGAUGUUAUUUUUCACGUAAUAAUUCCAAAAAACAUAAAUAAAAAAAGUUUUAAAAUAAUUCUCUUUUCAUUAUUUAAAAUACUCGAUAUAUGCAAAUUGCAUAAUAUUUGUUCAUUAAAUUUUUCUCUUCCGUAUGUUCAUAAUAUUGUACACAAAAGUAAACGACCUGCUAUUUAUUCAUUUAUAUAUUCUUUUAUUUUUUCAAUUUUAGAAUAUGUAAAAAGUUCGGAAUCAUCUAGCAAUAACAUAAAGAUAUUUCAUUUUAUUUUUCCUUAUUUAAAAUUUUACGAAAACAAAAAUUAUACCAAAAAAGAAUAUUACGUUGAAAAAGCUUCUAAUUCUCUUAUCAGUUAUAAUUAUUUUAAUACAAAUAACUUACAUAUUGAAAAAAAUAAUCAUCAUAACAUAACAGAAUAUAAGAUGGACAAAAAAAAAAAAAGCUACAAAAAAAUAUCUAAUGUAACUGCUUUUAUUGAUAAAAUAAUAGUUAGUUUAAAGGAGAGAUAUAUUUUAAUUGAAAACAUAUGA